AACGGCAGUCGAGUUAAAGUGCGCGGAGCGGCGAUCGCUCACGACAGUGUGUCGAACGCCUCCGAAUGAUCAACGUUGCAAGCUCCGGCGGUAGAAAACAGAUUUUUUCGAAAUUGCAUAAGUACAUUGAUUUCGAGACAUUGGUUUUCGCUUGUGCAACAGGCGCGCCGCCGCGGUGAAUCAUUUUGUUGAUGUUUGAUUUGAUUUUGAUUUUUUUAUGAUAUGGUCGAACGAAUUUUUUGAAAAAAAAAAAAAAAACACUUUCGAAUUAGCGACCGUCCACAUAUAUUGCAAUAAUAAUAUAGCGUUUUAUUUGAGAAGAGAACAAAAAUGGCUAUCUCGGAAAUGUGUAGCACCGAGAAUAUCAUGGGCUCCAAGUUGAUGAUUGCCGUCAAAAUGCCGAACAAGGACGAGCCUUUAUUGAAAGAAGACUCACCCGAACCAUCGAAACAGACCAAAGGCAGUUCGCUUAAACAGAUCCUCGUCGCCUUAUCGGCCAACUGGGGCACCAUAAACACUGGGCUAGUGUUCGGCUACACCGCCGUCAGUUUACCCCAACUUAUGACGGCCGGGUCCAGGAUUUCAAUCGACAGACAUCAAGCCUCUUGGAUAGCUAGCGUGUCGACCAUCGGAACGCCGUGCGGAUGCAUACUGGCCAGCUACUUCACCGACCUGUUGGGCCGCAAGAAGACCUUAAUCGCCUUGCAGUUACCCGCUAUCGUCGGGUGGUUGAUGGUGGGUUCCGCGACAACAGUCCAGUGGAUUUACGYGGGAAGAUUCCUGGYGGGCCUGAGUUCCGGCAUGAUCGGCUCGCCGUCCCGCGUGUAYACGUCCGAAGUGUCGCAGCCGCACCUUCGUGGCGUGUUGGCCGCGUUCGCGUCUGUCGGCACGUCUUUGGGUGUCAUGCUGGAGUAUUUGUUCGGUUCGAUAUUAGACUGGGACACGUUGGCGUUCUUCAACGCCACGAUACCCACGACCGCGUUGUUCUUGGCAUUCUGCAUACCGGAAUCGCCGACGUGGCUGAUAUCGUCCAAGAACGACGAGAACCGGUGCCGGGCCAGCCUGAGACGGGUACGAGACAGUAAGUGCGACGUGGACACCGAAGUCAACGACUUGCUCAUGUGCUCCAGUGCAGAUGAGAACACUUCGUUCAAGGAGAAGGUCCGACUCAUCUGUCAGCCGUCCGCGUACAAGCCGUUCGUGAUCGUCUCCAUCUACUUCCUGCUUAGCCAGUUCUCCGGACUCAACGUGGUCACGUUUUACGCGGUCGACGUCAUACGGGAUUCGGGUUCCACCAUCGACAAGUACGUGGCCACCGUCGUGUUGGGAAUCAUACGGUUGCUGUUCACAGUAAUCGGUUGCGUGAUGAUGAGACGACUGGGCCGGAAACCCCUCUCCUACAUAUCCAGCGUGGGUUGCGGUGUGUCGAUGCUGUGCUUUGCCGGCUACAUGUUCCAGAACGCCGCUUGGGCCGCGGCAAGGAUGCCCGCGUUGGCCACGUGGUUCCCGAUUGUCAGCCUGUUCGUGUUCUACGCCUGUUCCACCAUCGGCUAUCUAAUCGUGCCGUGGGUGAUGAUCGGCGAGGUGUUCCCCAGACAGAUCCGCGGYAUGCUCGGUGGCGUGGCCACGUGCGUCGGCCAUUUCUCCAUAUUCAUCGUGCUCCAGACGUACCCGAUCCUGCAGGAGUUGGUCAGCAAGUGCGGUGCGUUCGCAGUGUACGGUGUCGUGUCCCUGCUUAGCACCAUAUUCUACUACUACUUCUGUCCGGAGACCAAAAACAAGACGCUGCAGGAGAUCGAGGAGUCAUUCCACAACAAGAAGAAACUGAAGAGACCCGUCGUCCUCAACGUAAACGCCACGCCCACACCCUCCGUCCAUUGCAACAACAACAACAACAACAAUAAACACUUAGCGUUUCCCGAUAUCGUCUUCAAUCUGCCAAAACGCGAGACCGAUGUAAUCGUGUGAAGACUCGACGACGCUACGGUUGCGCGUAACCCUGAUGAUGAGGAAAUAUCGCCAUCGAUUAGUUCCUUUGAAAAUAUUUUAAAAUACAUUGUUUGUUUUUUUUUUUUUAAAACUAUUUUUAAUGAUUUGAUAUCGUGUCCCGUUGCAAUACGCAACACGUUGUCGCAAACACCUGUUUAAUAUAAUAUUAUUAUCGUUAAAAUACUACGCGAUUAAGUAUUGUUUUCGAUGCUUUCGAAUGUCUGAAAGUUGUGAUGAUAUUUAUAGCAUUUUUACUUUACCUACCAUAAUAUUAUUAUUUCUGUAGUGGUAGAUAUUGACAUUUAUACAUUUAUAGUUGUUUUUAAGACUGACUA